UUGACUGUUACUUCUGCCUUCACUUGUUUCAUCAACCCAAGCCAAGCAGCAACCCCCCUCUUCCAUCACUUUCUUGAUUACUUCUUCUGUUUUCCAAUUCCAAACCUCUAUCUCUGCAGAUAUAGAGCAUGGCAGCCUUUUCUCACCAGCAUCUACUCCACCACCCUUUUCUCUUUGACUCUAUUCUCUUUCCAGGCACUCCCACCAGUACUAAUACCAACAACAACAGCAACAAUUUCUCUCAAUCUCAUUUCCCAUCUGAGCCUUUAGUAGUUGAGCAAAUGAAUAUUUAUGUUGAGAGUGCAAGAGUUGCUGAGAGCAGUUCGUGUAUUGAUCAAAGCUCAGGGAAGAUUGCUACUUUCAGUGACAAUGAGCCUUCUGUGACCAAGAAACAGAGCCCAGAAUCCUCAUCUGUGGUGGAUAAGCUUGAGACGGGUGAGCAGGUUACUCAGAAAGUGACGACUCCCAUGGAAAGGAAGAGAAGAACCAGAAAUAAUGUCUCAUCGCCCCAUUCUGCUCAGUCCAAGGUUAAUAAGAAGCAAAAGAAAGCUGAAGAUGAGAAAAAACCAAGAGCUGAAAAGAAAGAGCAAGUGAAGGCUGUACAAGAGGUGCAACCUCCAACAGGUUACAUUCAUGUUAGAGCAAGAAGAGGUCAAGCUACAGAUAGCCAUAGCCUUGCUGAGAGGGUAAGAAGAGAAAAAAUCAGUGAGAGGAUGAAGAUGCUGCAACGUCUUGUUCCUGGUUGUGACAAGGUAACUGGAAGGGCUGUGAUGUUGGAUGAGAUUAUCAAUUAUGUUCAGUCCCUACAAAAUCAAGUGGAGUUCCUCUCAAUGAAGCUUGCUUCUGUGAAUCCAAUGCUCUAUGAGUUUGGUCCAGACCUUGGUGAUAUGAUGUUCAAACAAGAGGCAUCACCAUUUUCAACUGGACCACAAUGCAGUCUAACACGGCCAGCAGAUUUUGCUGAUACCUCUACCACCACUGCCACCACCACUUUCACCGCAGCUAUUAACAACUAUCCGUUUCUGGAUUCUCUUCUACUCCAGCCGUCACCGAGGCCGACUGCCUUCCAUCAGGACAGUGAGAGCCUAUUGUGGGACGCGGAAGAUCAAAGACAAAGCUUUCUUAAUCCAUCUGGGUUCAACAACUUGUGUUCUUUCAAUUAAUAUCAUGCACCAACAAGAAGCUGCCUGCCCUACCAAGUAUAUGUUUUCUGUGAGGAACUAUAAAGCAUCCAACAUCUCAGAAUCAAAUCCAAGUAUCAGUUCCAUUGGAGACCACGUACUGGCUUUGCUUUUAGCUUAGCUUAGCUUCUUCUUCAACCAAGUUAAACUAAAAGCAUUGGUUUCAACUUUCAAGUACAAUAUAUGAAUAAAGGUAGAGCUAGAGGGCAGCAAUUUCAAUGGAUGAAGAAAGAACACAAAUUAAAAAGGACAGAUGAAACCCGACCAAAGAAGACCAAGAUCUUUUCUAGAUCCCUUGUUCCUGUCCAUUCUGGAUUAUUUGCAUGCACAAAUUCCAAGAAACCCUGUAACCUUUGUAUUAUCAUUGUUAGAUAUUACAAUGUAAUAAAAAUUUAUCAUUGAAUACUUUGACUCA